AUGCGUGCCACCGCUGCAUCUACCGCCGCAGCGGAUGCCAGCCCGCCGCCUCCUCCUCCUACCGUGCUGAUCCCGGGGUUCCUGAGCAUGGGCGACUGCUGGUCGUCCGGCGAGCUGGCGGCGCGCGACGGCGCGCGCGCCUUUCUCCCCACCCACCCGGGCCCGCUCUCCUCGCACCACGACCGGGCGGUCGAAGUGUUUUACCAGCUCGUCGGGGGCACGGCCGACUACGGCGCCGCGCACGCGGCAGAGUGCGGCCACGCGCGGUACGGGCGGACGUACGGCGGCCUCUAUCCGGAGUGGAGCGCCCGCCGUCCCGUCGACCUCCUCGGCCACUCCAUCGGCGGCGUGACGGCGCGC